AUGGUUAGGUUGACACCUUUGAAGGUACCGCGGCGACCCAAUCAAAUCCUUUACUCUUUAUAUAAAUUAAACCAUCAAAGCCCUUCAAUUUUUUUCCGACAAUCUCUGUCUCUCUCUUUUCUGGUGGUCUUCGAUUACGAAAGUUCAUCUCUUUUCCUCCGUUGGGAAUCUCAGAGAGAGAGAGAUUGAGAUGUCAACACCAGCAAGGAAGAGGCUUAUGAGAGAUUUCAGGAGGUUGCAGCAAGAUCCUCCUGCCGGUAUCAGUGGUGCUCCUCAAGACAACAACAUCUUGCUCUGGAACGCUGUUAUCUUUGGUCCAGAUGAUACUCCUUGGGAUGGAGGUACUUUCAAGUUGACUCUUCAAUUUACAGAGGAUUAUCCAAACAAACCACCAACUGUUCGUUUUGUUUCUCGCAUGUUUCACCCUAACAUCUAUGCAGAUGGGAGUAUCUGUCUUGAUAUCUUACAGAACCAAUGGAGUCCCAUUUAUGAUGUUGCUGCGAUUCUUACAUCUAUCCAGUCUCUUCUCUGUGAUCCCAACCCAAACUCACCUGCAAACUCUGAAGCUGCUCGCUUGUUCAGCGAGAACAAGCGUGAGUACAACAGACGUGUUAAGGAGAUUGUUGAACAGAGUUGGACCGCUGAUUAAUCAGCGGUUUCGUGUGCUCCCAGUUUGUAACAUUUGAAGAAGUGGAGGAUUGGUAAAAAACAGUUUGCUGUUACAUGCCUCCAUUUCAGUAUAUGUAUCAUAUAUGUAAUGCAAUUACUGGAUGAACCUAUAUAUGAAUUUUCGUGAUAAGACAUCUUUGCUUGCUUCUAAGUUGUGUGUAUGUAACUAUUUAAGAAUCUUGUCCAUGUUCAUCAAGUGCACCACCAUUGUCC